UUCACAGCAGCAGCAGCAGCAGCAGCAGCAGCCAGGUCAGACGGGACCCACAAGGUUGCAACAUGCGCUCGACACUGCGCUCUGCGUUUCAGCCCCUCAGCGCACCUGGCACAUCGUGCGACUCGUUUUUAACGCGCUCAGUUCGCUCUCCCCGUCUGCUUUGCGCUCGACAUCAGGCUGGUAGCGUCGCGGGUCAUUUGGGACAGGACCGUGACUGGCUUAUAUCCGAGCCCGUCUCUGAGCACGGAGCAAUGGACUGCAGUUUUACUUGAGGAGAGCAAAUGGAGAACCCAGCCAAGUAUCUCUCAUCGGUGCAGGGGAUCGACUCUGUGCGCACCCUCGGAGAGAUCAUGUGGAACACCACCGAAACGGAGGCAACGAGCGACGGGGGGAAGGACAUGCUGGUGCGCACUGUGACGGGUUUGCUCUCCCUGCUCAUCCUGUGGACGCUUCUGGGGAACAUCUUGGUUUGCUCCGCGGUGCUGCGCUUUCGGCACUUGCGAACCAAAGUUACCAACAUUUUCAUCGUCUCCCUGGCUCUGUCGGAUUUAUUUGUGGCCGUGCUGGUGAUGCCAUGGAAAGCGGUGGCAGAAGUGGCGGGAUAUUGGCCGUUCGGUACUUUCUGCAAUGUCUGGGUCGCUUUUGACAUCAUGUGUUCCACCGCUUCCAUCCUGAACCUCUGCAUUAUCAGUGUGGAUAGAUACUGGGCCAUCUCAAGCCCCUUCCGCUACGAGAGGAAAAUGACCCAGCGAGUUGCCUUUGUUAUGAUCAGCAUCACUUGGACGCUGUCUGUGCUCAUUUCAUUCAUUCCCGUCCAGCUAAACUGGCACAAAGCCAGCGCUGACGACGCGUCCGGAGCGCACAACUCUUCCACAAGUCGACAGAUAGAGGAGAACUGCGAUUCCAGCCUGAGCAGAGAGUAUGCUAUAUCCUCCUCAUUAAUAAGUUUUUAUAUCCCCGUAGCAAUUAUGAUUGUAACAUACACUAGAAUAUAUCGGAUAGCACAGAUACAGAUUAGGAGAAUAGCCUCUCUGGAGAGAGCAGCAGAACACGCGCAAAGUUGCAGGACCAACAGAAUAGAGUGCCAACACCACAACACAUUGAAAACGUCGAUUAAACGGGAAACUAAAGUGUUUAAAACUCUUUCGGUGAUUAUGGGCGUCUUCGUGUGUUGCUGGUUACCUUUCUUUGUUCUAAACUGCAUGGUCCCGUUCUGUGAAAAGCCUGCGACGGACCGGGACGCGGGUCUGCCGUGCGUAAGCGAAACGACUUUUGACGUUUUCGUGUGGUUUGGGUGGACCAACUCCUCCCUAAAUCCCAUCAUAUACGCCUUCAACGCUGAGUUCCGGAAGGCCUUCGCCAGCCUCCUGGGCUGCCGCAAUUUCUGCUCCAACACACCGGUGGAAACUGUUAAUAUCAGCAACGAGCUGGUGUCAUAUAACCAGGACACGCUCAUCCACAAGGAAAUUGCGAACGCCUAUGUUAACAUGAUUCCCAACGUGGUCGAAUGUAUUGAACACGAAGAGACGUUCGACAGGAUUUCACAGUUUUCUCACAACAAUGAAAACGCCACCGACUCGAUUUGUGAUUUGGAGGACUGCGAGGCAGAUAUCAGUCUUGACAGGAUGUCACCGUUCACACCCAAUGGAUUACACUGACUCUACACUCCUUGUCUCCCCGUGCGUAAUUGGAUGUAUUGAUGAUAAUAAUGUCACCACUCAUUCAUCUCCUUUGUUCCAGAAUCCCCUCUCCACUGAGAGCACACUCUGGGCACACUUGCAGCUGAUGUGGUGAGGGGAGGGGACCCAGUGACCUACUCAAAGAUACUUUACUGGGUCACAUUUACCCUCAGCCACAAGACCACUCUGCCACUGCUUGUGGUGUCAUGUAUGAAAUGUGAUGUUGUCGUCCCGUUUUGAAAAAAAAAAAAGUGAUGUGUAGGUGUUUAUUUACAUGAAGAAUUAAGUCUGUGUUCCUUUGUUUAAAGGUUCAGUGUCGCAGAAGCUGUUGAUACUAAAAAGGCUU